GGCGCAAGAUUGGGUUGCUUAUAGUAGGAUCUUUUCCCGUACACCAUCAUGAUUGUGUGCUAUGGUUCGAAUUAAACAUUUGAUAUUAUCUCUUUAGUGCCUGCUCCUGCAGUCCAAACUGUUCCACGUCUUCUGGUUGUCAGUUGAUGCGGAGCGUCAACUUCUGCAGUCUGUUACGGUCUUCCCGGACUCACUAGCUGCUGGUGAUGCUCCGCUUGAUUCGAAGGCUUCUUGUAGAGAACAAGCUGUUCCCGCAUCUGUGCAGCCGAAUGCCGUUGUACAUAUAACAACAAAAGGAGUACUACCGACGCCUGAUACGCAAUUAUUCGUGCAAAUGAUGGAAAAAGAGCGAAGAGCACGGCAACAUGGCGCAGAAGCAGACGACCGCAGUUUUCUAGCCAAAUAUUGGAUGUACAUAGUACCCGUCGUGAUUUUCGUUGUUAUAUCAAAUGCAAUGACACCAGAAGGCGGAAAUGAACAAUAA